AUGCCGCCUGCGAGCUCCUCCUUCACGCCUCUCAAUGUCUCGGACGAUAUUGUGCCAGAAUGGCUGGGGUCCUUCACCUUGGCAGCGCCUCCAAAUACCGACCUCUGGAGAAAGCCUCCCUCCGGUGAUGUUUCAACGGCCCCGAUACUUUACACAGCGCUGCGCAAUCCUUUUAUAGCCGCUGAGGUCACCGUGUCUGCUGAUUGGGAGUUGGAAUGGGAUCAAGGGGGGUUGGUGAUAUUCGCGGGCACACCGCCAGGACAAAUGGCGGCGAGACAAGCACAACAAGCAGCAGCAGCGGCGACGGCGAUGGCGGCGACAACAACAUCACCACGACCACCAACAACAACAACAACAAGCACCACCACCAUCGAGCCGCCCGCCUCAAAAUGGGUCAAAGUUGGCCUCGAAUUCUGCAACAACGCCUGCCACGCGACGUCGGUAGUAGCAAACUCUGACGGCGCCGACUGGUCGCUUUCGGCGCUCCCAGCGCACCAGCAGCGGCGCUACGACUUGCGGGUCAAGAUUGAGCGGAUUGGCUAUGCGCUUUGGGUAUGGUACGAGGAUGAUUUGGUCGGCUGGAAGAAGUUGAGGGAGGUGACGUGGUUUUUCUGGGGCGUCGAGGAUAAGGCGGUCAGGGUGGGCGUGUAUGCUAGUCGUCCGGCUAACUUUGGCCUCAGCAUGUUUGAUGCGAGGAGAGCGGCGAAUGGGGAGGCAGGAGAUGAUAGGAGGUUUCAGGCGAGGAAUUUGUGUGUUGAUUUUGAGGGGUUGGAGAUUUUUUAA